GGGAGUCUUGGAUUACAAAGUGAACAAUGACUUUGCCAAAAAAUUACGUCGUUUUGAGGGCCGCUGGUUGGAGAGUUUAGCUCACGGCAGGGACUCGGCGUUCCGUUUACCCACAGGCCACAGCCUUCACCUCCACUCUCCUCUCUCCUCUCUCAAGCAGUUGGAACCCUAGUUUCUCUCUCUCUCUCUCUCUCUCUGGUUUCUCAUUGAAGAAGAUCAGAAACCCUAGUUUCUGUGACUAUCUCUCUCCCGCUUCGUUUGUUCAGCGUCUCAAUCGCUAAUUCACCAGGGCACUACUCAGUCGAUUCGGUGAAUCAAAAGUUCUAAAGCUUUCUCAAAGAGAAUUGCUCUAGAAGGUUGAUGGAUCGACAGGCUCAUGAUUAUGCUGCUGCAAUGGCAUUUGCUCAGCAGCAGCAGCAAGCAGCUAAUAUUCAACAGCAGCAGCAAUUCGGUUUCCAUCCACAACACCAACAGUUUCCUCCAUCAGUUCAUGGCCCUCCUUUUCUAUCCCCACAUCCUUCUCUCCAGCAAUAUCCUUUCCCUCGUCACUUACAACAGCCACACCAACUCCACCCUCAUCCUCCCCCCCACCCUCACCACCUUCAUCUUCAGCAGCAACAGCCACCACCUUCUUUUCCUCCUCAUAUGCCCCCUCAUCUUGGUCCAUCACCUUUACUGGGUCCAUAUGAUUCUCCGCCGCCCCCUGUGGCUCCCCCAUCUGAUCCUGAAAUCCAGAAGUGUAUCGAUAAGCUUGUUGAAUAUAUUGCCAAAAAUGGACCUGAAUUUGAAGCCCUGAUCCGUGAAAAACAACAAGACAAUCCUGCUUACAUUUUCCUAUUUGGUGGUGAAGGGCAUAAUUACUACCGCUACAAGCUUUGGUUAUCAUCUCGGCCCCUUGGUGGGCCCUUCAACCCACCUUUCCCCUCAUCUUCUAUGAUGCAUCCUCCAAAUCCUAUGAUGAGCCCAUCGCCUUUGAAUGCUCCCCUUCUGGGUGGGCCCCAGCUACACCAACCUCCUUUUACACCACCACUUUAUGAGCAACAGCCUUUUGUUGGUCAUGGUCGACUAGAUUAUGAUCAAUCUUCUAGGCCAUUCAAAGGUCUCUCUGGACCUCUUCCUUCUGAUGUUGCAAUGGAACUGAAUAAUGUGCUUAACAGUCUCAGCGGAACCAAAGAGUCAAUCAAAGGUGCCAAGAUUUGGUUUAUGCAGAGGUCUCCUUUUGCACCAGCACUGGCUGAGGCACUUAGGGACAGGGUGUUUGUCGUGGAUGACUCGGAGAGACAAUUGCACAUAAUUUACCUUGCCAAUGACAUUCUAUUUGACAGCUUGCAGCGUAGGAUCAACCCUCAUGAGCUUGAUAAUGAAGCACUUGCAUUUAAGCCUGUUUUAGGGUCCAUGCUUGCAAGGAUUUUCCACAACCCUCACAACAAGGAGGAAAAUCAGUCACGGUUACAGAAAAUCUUGCAGUUCUGGGCUUCUAAGGAAGUCUAUGAUCAUAGCACUAUUUGUGCGUUGGAGAAUGAGAUGAUUGGUGGACCGCCGAAGAAUUUUCUUCCAGGGCCUCCGAAGGAUUUAUCUGCUGCUUCGACUGAUCCCUCAACUGCAGGAGUGCCGCUGCAGGGGCCGGUCCCACAUUUACUCGAUAAGGAACAUCCUGGUAAACAAAUUCCCUCUAUAGGAGCCGUGCCAUCAUCCCAGCAAUUUCUUCCAAAUCUGGUCCCAACUGGUACUUUUGCCGGGUCCCUGCCCAUGUCAUCAACUCAACCACCAAAUCAACAGGCUUCUGCUAAUGCUGGCGAAAAAUUACCCCCAUACCCUUUAUUCCCACCCGGGCUGAUUCCCGGAAUGGUUAGAAAGAUGCAAAUUGGCAGUGGGGUCCCUUACUCUCCCAUGAGCCCUCUGGAUAUCCCAACUAUGAUACCACCUUCCAAUGUAUCUCCAUCUGAAGUUCUUGAAAGGGUAUCAAAAUUCUUUAAGGAGAUUGGUGAGAUCAACCCUUCUGAGGGUCCCAUGAAAACAUCCGAUUCAGACGACGAUUACUAUGAAGAGAGAGAACCUCCAGUUCGAAAGGGAGGAGCGUGCAUACCUCCGCCGCCUAAUCUACAAGUGGACCCAGAAACUGGGACUUAUGCUGAUGGAAGUGUUGAUCGGAAACCUGGGUCCACUGCUUCCGGGAGGUUGGGACUGGGGGCCACAGCUGAUCCGAAUGAGAUUAGUCAGUAUGACGAUGUUUAUUCUUCUUAUAGGAAACAGAGAAGCACAAAUUAUCAUACGUCUAUGAGCGCGAGAGCUGCUACUACGACUACUACUACUAGGUAAGAAUCAGUUUGUUGUAUCCCUAUUUGUAGUCUUAAAGGAAAACUGGUCCUUUAAUUUUGUGUCGGAGUUGGAACAUUUUGCAAGUUUAAUGCAUAGGAGCAUGUUGGCAUUUUUCAA